AUGAGAUUCACCUGGUGGAUGGUGGCGUACGCCACCGCUGCGCUGGCAGCUCCGCGUCCUCAACAACCGCCUGGCACGCCGACCAACUCGACUCCGACCACGACGGCUCCCACAAUGGGGACACCCCCUCCUGGUGCCGGAGGUAAUGCGAAUGCAUGCGGUCAAAUUCAACCGAUGGUGAACCAGUUCCUCCAGGCAAGCCCCAAAGCCAGCCCGCAAGUUCCAGCGCAACUCGCAUUCGACUGCCUUCAAUCGGUCCCCAACAAGCCGCAGCCAGCGCAGGACCUCAUAAAAAGCUUGAAGGCCUACGUUCAGUGGCAAAGCACGCUGUCUUGGUUGAAGAACCCCCCUGGUUCCUACAUGUUACCUCCCACCGACAUUGAAGGAGGUUUGACGCAAAUCGGCGAGAAAGCAACUGCUGGCGGAUACAAGAGCGAGUAUGAUUUCCAGCUCGAAAUUUUCCAACUUUUUGCCUCAGCCCAUGACGGCCACUUUGCCUUCCGUGGCGACGUCUUUAAGGGAUUCAGCUUCCGUAACAAGCUUGCUUCCGAUAUUGUUUCUGUCUCUCGGGACGGCCUGGAAGUGCCUAAGCUUUACCACUUGGGUCAACUUGAUAAAAAUGGCUCAGCUCCUGCAAUUAUUCGAAUCAACGGUCGCGAUGCUGCGACCAUCAUAGAAGAUUUGAACCUCAAAUUCAGUGGUUUUCAGGACCCCGAUUCUCAGUGGAACUCCCAGUUCAAGUCCUAUGCUUCUAAGGAUAGUGCACCCAUUGUUGCCGCCGCCCUUGCCUUCCAGGGCAGCAAAGUAACCAUUACCUAUGAUAACGGCGAAGAGCGUUCCGAGGAUAGCUUUGCUCUUAUCCGCACGGGCGCAAACUUCACCGGGGUCAACAAUGGAGAGGAUUUCUACAACAAGUUUUGCAACCCGGAAACAGCACCCAAGCCGCCCAGCAACGGGACUAAGCCUGAGCCACCGAAGACCAGCAGCCCACCCCCACCACCUCUGCCCACUAUCGAGGGCUACCCUUGGCCUGUUAUCCGCGACAGUGGUGCCAACACUACAUCUGGGUAUUACCUUAACGGAACCGGCUAUGAUGAUGUCGCUGUUCUGGCUGUGUCAGCUUUCUCACCUCCGGAUAAUAUUGAUGCCACCGAGUAUUUGACCAACUUCCAAAACACUGUUGCCAAAUUCCUCGCCGAAAGUAAGAAAGAUGGAAAGAAGAAGCUAGUUAUUGAUGUCGCCGCCAACGGCGGUGGUUUUGUCGUGGCUGGUUUUGAGCUUUUUGCCCAGUUAUUCCCGGACGUCAAUCGCUUCCAGGCAAACAACCUCCGUCUCACAGACAGUAUGAACAAUCUGGCUCGUCUUGCUGCCGCUAUCCCGGCCAACUUCACUCCUUCUUCUCAGGAAGAAAAGGAAGCUCUUGACGCACUCUCUGGAAGUGCUGUUGUUAGCAACCUGCUUCCUGGCGGUGUAUUCACCGUCGACCAGAAAGACUUCCAGUCGGUUGAUCAGAUCUUGGGACCGGUAUCUCUUAACGGUGAUACUUUUACAGCUUAUCAAGAGGCCCCUCUCAACAUGAGCGACCCCUCAUUCAACCUUACUGGUGUUGGUUCCAAAGCGAACCCUCCUCCCCGCGUGUUCGCCCCGGAGGACGUUGUUCUCUUCACCGACGGUACCUGCGGCUCAACAUGUACCAUUUUCUCGUACCUGAUGAUUCUACAAAUGGGUAUCAAGACUACUGUCAUCGGUGGACGCCCUCAAAAUGGCAUCAUGCAGUCCAUUGCGGGUGUAGAAGGAGCCCAGGUUUUCUCCUUCAACGAUCUGACCUCGGACGCCAAAUCAAUCCUCGCAUUGGCCCCCAAAGACAAGAAGGAAGAACUCCAGAACAGUGAGCUAGGAGAACUCGCAAAGGGCUACGCCAUUAAGCGUGCAACAACGCCUAAGUCUGCCGGAGCUGUCAAUGGCAAGAACGCCUUCUCAAUGGCGGACGCCCGUACGCCGCUGCAGUUCCUUUGGGAGCCGGCUAACUGCCGCAUAUUCUUCACGCAUGAAAUGAUUAGCAAACCUGACGUUGCGUGGAAGCGUGUGGUUGACGCUACGUGGAGCAAUCCCACCCAGUUCUGCGUGUCAGGCAGCCAAGUUCCUGUGAACAAGACGACCACCUUGGAUCCUUUCUUCCGAGCGGGCAAGAACACUCCCGGUGUUGGAAGCGCAGCUUCUGAUCUUGUAACUGGUGCUGGAAUGAGACUAGCGGUUUUGGUUGCAACAUUUACAGUUGCCUUGUUAAGCCUAUAG